AUGGCCGCCACUCCCGUCGCCGACCAACUCCGUCAACUGGGCGAUGCCCGCGCUCUAGUCCUCGGCGACCCUGUCUACUGGCCGCAAGUCCUCCACGGGAUCCUGCCUAUCGUGUCUGGACCUAUCGUGGAGCUACGUCGUUGGGGAGCUGACUUCCUUGCAGAGACCUUCUCGACGCCCGUGGUGGAUAUCAACGAGAAGCAGAGUCUGGCCGUGACAUGCUUGGACACUAUGGUGAGGUUGAUGGACGAGAAGGAGGCGGGCAUCCUCAAGAGUGUGGUCCAGUGUAGUGCGAGUGUGUAUCCGCUGGUGUUCAGGUAUAUGUGCAAUAAUCGAGAUGAUCAAGCUACAUGGGACAAAAUGGACAUGAUCAAAUCCAAGAUUCUGAGUCUUUGGGAUUCAGGGCCAGUGGGUGUGCGCUUAGGGUGUAUCAAGUUUGUCCAGCGUGUCAUAUUGGUGCAGUCGAGGGGAGUCACGGACCCUAGACUUGCAGACAGGUCAGAGAUAUCAUUGACUAUGGUCCCUACUAACCACCCUGUACUCUCCUUGCCUGCACUGGAUGCGGAGGCGCAAGGUCUACUCGAUAGGCUUCUAAGUAUUCUCCAUGAGGAUCCAAGUGAUCCUGCUCUCAUUACGGCAACCUUGAAUAAUUUGUCGGUAAUUGUCAAGACGCGCGCCCCACUCGCACACAAGAUCUUGAGUGCCGUGAUGAACUUCAACCCGCUGGCCAUCAUCGCAAAGGCGAAUACUGUAAAAAACCGUCUCAUGAUGCAGUGCAUGGAGAAGACGGUACGGGUGUUGUUGAUGAAUAUUGCGCGUGCGAACCAGAACGGCCCAUACACGGCCAAGAUCUCUCAACACAUCACUCGUCUCUCGCAAGCAAAAGCUGAGGUCCUCGAAGAGUUAUCUCGAAAGAGACCAGCCCCUACCCAGACCCAGCCUGAGGCCGAGGCGAUCAAGAGGAUGAAGGUGGAGAAUGCGCAGGCGCAGGCUGUAAUCACACCCACAGCUACACCACCCCCGCCACCACCUGUUGCUGUUAUCACUGGACCAAUGACUUAUGGACAGCUUUAUACGCUUUCGACUGAUGUAGCCAUGACUAGCUUUGAUGGGCAGCAAUUGCCAAUUGAUUUGGUGUUACAAAUCAUUGUAGGCAGUAUCAACAGUUUGAGUCAGCAGACUUUACAGACGGCGAUCGCGGCGGUUAACAGCCGGUAUACUGCGCUUAUGGCGUAUGUACCACCAGCUUCCGUGCCAAUUCCACAAGAUGGUCAAGUAAGCCAGGCUGCUCAACCGGGGGCUGAGGAAACGCAAGGUGAGCAAGUAGAGCAAAGAGAUAUCGAAAAAAAAGAAGAAGACGAAGAGGAGGAGGAAGAGGAACGUGAGCUCCAACUCGGGAAAUUCCGUCUCCCUCCUCCAACCUCACUUGCCCCGGAGGAAAUGCAUGAUAUAGCUAUCCAGGCCAUAGACAGAAUGUUUUCCGUUGUGGACCAGUUUGAUAAGACCUCUCUCAUCUCGCGGAAAAGUAAGCUGGGAGCGAAUAGGCUAGCGGCUAGUAAUUGGGAUAGAGAGGGUUGGAUCGCUGUCCUUACUAGACUAGCAACUCGUGGGAUGGGUGAUACUGCGCCUGAUACUGUGAAGGAGGAGGUGAAGGGUAAAGAUGAAGAAAAUGGAGAAAUCGCUCAAAUGCAAGUCCCAACUGCCCUAAGCACAGCGAUCCGCGAGAAACUGUACAACUUUGUCAUCGCCGAUUUCAGAGGCAGGAUGGAUGUUGCUGUGUCAUGGCUCAACGAGGAAUGGUAUAAUGACCAGGUGAUGUCGCGCGCGGGGGUUAAUAGGGAGCCGCAAUACCGCAAAUGGAUGAUGAAAGUUAUGGAUGGGAUCUUUCCAUUUUUAGAGAGUAAAGAUAGGCUCUUUAUGAGGUUGCUCUCAGAGAUCCCAGAGGUUACGGUAGAGCUCAUGCAGAAGGUUAAAAUGCUGUGUUUGGACCCAGAUAGAGCUAUGCUGGGAAUUCAGAUGCUACAUUAUUUGGCGAUGUUGAGACCCCCGGUCAGGGAUAUGUGCAUGGAUGUCCUCGAAGAUUUGUACCAGAACCACGUCGAGGUCCGUGUUCAAGCUCAGAAGCUCUUGCAAAAAUGGAGACCGGAGGCCCUUGCUGCCAUAGAUAACGCGCAGAACAACACCCAGAAUGCAAAUGGCAUGACGGCCACUCUGGUACAGAGGAAUGGUGCAACAGCCACGAUUAACUAG